AUGUUUGGACGCUCUGUCUAUAUCGUCUACGUCAUCGAGAUGCAAAUGAGGGGCCUUCCUCACGCCCACAUUGUAUUCAAGAUUGACGGCGACGGACCAGUUCAGGCGUCCGAAAUUGACUCCAUCAUCCGCGCGGAUAUUCCCUCGGAAGAAGAGGCCGGAGGCCGACUGAGAAAGUUGGUCCUCAAACACAUGAUCCACGGUCCAUGUGGUAAUGAUCAUAGGACUGACUUUCUCUGUUGGGACUCUGCAAAGGGUUACUGCACCAAAUACUUCCCCAAGCCCUGCUGUGAAACCACCCACGUCGACGAGAGGGGAUUCGUCCAGUACAAGCGAGAUUAUACCAAUCGGGGGACAAUUGUAUCACGCAAUAAGAACAUUAUCGUACAUGACGGUUGGGUUGUGCCUUAUAAUCCCGCACUGAUGUUGAAAUACGAGGCUCACAUCAAUUUGGAGCUGGCGUCUACUCGCCGCGUGAUUAAGUACCUCUUCAAAUAUCUUAUGAAGGGAGGAUCUCUCCAGAACGUCACAGUUACUCCCUUCAGUAAGCAAGAUGAUGAGGUACAGCAUUACGUGACGAAGAGAAUGGUGGGUGCCAGUGACGCGUGCUGGCGUUUAUUAAACUUUCCAGUAUCAGAAUCUGAGCCGGCUGUUGAAUGUCUUCCCGUCCAUCUGGAGGGCAAGCAGUCCGUCCUGUUUAGACCUGGCCAACUGGCAGAGGCAGCCGCUAGGAACAGCUCCAAACUCACCAUCUACUUUGACCGGCCUCGUAUUUCACUGUUUGACGACCUGACUUAUCAGGGGUUCUAUGAAACGUUUGUGGUUCAUGUCAAGCGCCCAAAAACUGCGGAGAUAUACGAGCACCCCGAUGGCGUCCAUUUUAUCACUGCCCGACAGCGUGGCGAGAAGGUGUGCAGACUGUUUUGGGUCUCACCGAGCAGGACAGAACAGUAUUACCUGCGUAUCCUGCUUAUGACUGUAUCUUGCCGUGGUUAUGCCGACCUCCUGUCCCGCGGUGGACCAAACUGCCGCACUUUUCAAGGGGUCGCGCGGCAUCUUGGCUUGGUGCAAGACGAACAGGAGUACCACUACGCACUGCGCGAGGCCGCCACUUUCAUGACUGGCCCGAGACUUCGUUCUUUCUUUGUGAUCCUCUGCAACAUGGGGGCUCCUGCAGCUCUCCUGUGGGAUGCUUUCCGUGAUUCCAUCUGCGAGGACCACAUAGAGCGUAAUCCUCUCGAUGUUGAACUGGCCUACAAGCUAGGUCUCAUCGAUAUUGAUCGGAGUCUUCGUCGGCAGGGUUCUUGCGUCGCAGAUCAUGGCCUCCCCGAUGUACACGAUGACACGACGGAGUUGGGCAGAGAACUGCUCUUACAUGGUGAAAAUCAACAGAGAGUGUUUGUGGAGGAGUGGGUGCCAAAGCUCUCUGAAGAUCAAAACCGCGUAUUUGAGUACGUUACCUCCGUUCUCAAUGCCCCUGCCAGCGGAACGUCGUCGAAAAUCAUUUUUCUUGACGGCCCGGGAGGCUAUGGGAAGACCACUCUGAUUCGUGUCAUUCUCGCAUACGUGAGAGGUUGUCGUCAGGUUGCACUGGCAGUCGCUAGCUCUGGGAUCGCCGCGGGUAACAUGCCUGGUGGAACUACAGCUCACAGCAUGUUCCGGUUGCCACUCGACUUCGGUGACGGCACCGGCUUUUGGAACAUCACCAACGGCUCCCAGCGAGCAGAGCUCAUCAGGGCCGCAAGGCUCAUUGUCUUUGAUGAGGCCCCGAUGGCACAUCGGUUCGUUUUCGAGGUUCUUGACAGAUCCCUGCGAGACCUCAUGCGUUCCAGUGAGCUAUUCGGUGGUAAAAUAUUCCUCUGUUGUGGCGACUUUCGCCAGAUCGCGCCUGUCGUUGUAAACGCUCGUACUCCAACUGACAUUGUUUGUGUCUCACUUCGGGCUUCCCAUCUGUGGCAGCAUUUCAAAAUUUUUGCCCUGACAACAGCUCAUCGGACUAGUAGUUCCACAGCCUAUUCCGAAUUCCUUCUUAGGGUAGGCAACGGAACUGUCAGUUCGACCACUUUCUUGGAGGGACGGAACGAACAAAGUCUAAUUCCGCUGCUCGGGAUUAGACAAGUGACGUCUUUGACUGAUUUGGUCGAUUCCGUCUUUCCCGCAAACGUCCUACUCGACUCUGAUAUGUGUUCGCGACGCGCAAUCCUCUCGACUCUGAUAGUGAACGUCAAGGAGAUCAACGACCACAUCUUGAACUCCCUCGACGGUCAUCUGUACGAGCUGAGGAGCGCCGACACAGUCGACAGAGAGAACGACGAUGGCCUGGAUGUCGACGUUCAACUCCUGAACACGGCUACUGGCAAGGGCGUACCAGACCAUGUUCUGCGGCUGAAGAUCGGUUCUGUUUGCCUCAUUAUGAGGAACCUCAACAUCGCUGAAGGACUCGUCAACGGCACUAAAGUCAUCGUAAUCGGCAUCACCAACCGCCUGAUUACAGUGAGACUUCCCGGACAGACGCAACCUAUCGGAAUUCCCCGGAUUACCUUUACUUUUGCGUUUGUCGAGGGUUCGCCGUUACGUGUUCGUCGACGUCAGUUCCCACUGAUGUUGGCCUAUUGCAUGACCGGACACAAGAGCCAAGGUCAGACAAUAGAUUCAGUCGGUGUUGAUUUACGGACCGAUUGCUUCACGCACGGGCAACUAUACGUCUUGCUCAGUAGGGUCAGACAUCCAGACCAUAUUGUUGUUCUCGUACACCCCGAACGUGUCCGAGAUGGAAUCGCAUACGCAAAGAACAUCGUGUAUGGCGAUCUCCUUCUCUAA